UUCACUCUAUCCUUGUUCUUUCUCUUUCAAGGCUGGUAUUGGGGAGCACUUACCUCAAUUGAAGCACGACAGAUUCUGAAUCAAACCACUGAAGGCACAUUUCUAAUCCGGGAUAGCUCCAACCCAGAAUAUCUUCUCACACUCUCGGUCAAAACAAGCUCAGGACCUGCACACCUUCGUAUUGAGUACAACGAGGGAAAGUUUGGCUUUGAUUCAGUGGUUUUGGCAAAACCAAAGCUCAAGAAUUUUGAAGACGUGGUUGAUCUUAUCCAGCAUUAUGUCUUGUUGUCUAAAAGUGCCCAAACCGCACAUGACCAGUCACUUGCACCAGUGACUAAAGAUACAGUGAUUCACCUGAAACUGACCAAGCCCUUGUACAUUGCAACACCUUCAUUGCAACAUCUAUGUAGAAUUAUAAUCAAUAAAAGUACUAAGGCAAUCCAAGAACUUCCCUUACCCGCUAGAUUAAAGAAAUAUUUAUUAGAAUACCCUUUCCACUUGUAACUCAGUAAAGAGAUAAUCAUUCCUAAAAUGUGUGGGAGAGAAAAUGACAACAAUAAAUGACAAAGGGACUUGUUACAUGGAGGAAAUAUUCAACUGUUUCAUGUUAAUGACUGAGCGAGAUUUGGUGCUCUAUUGCAACACACCUAAUAGAUAAGGAAUUAAACUGUCCAUCAUUUUCAUGUUCGGUUUAAUUUAAUGUACACACAAAUUUUACAGUUUCUUAGUAAAAGCAAUCCGUUUAGUUUUCACAGUAAUUAUGGUAAAUUUUUGAUUUUUGUUCAAUAUUUCUUUUGACAGCUGUGGCUUGUCAUGGUAUACUCCACAUUGUAUACAACAUGCAUUCUUGAAGUGUGGUAUUUGAAGAAUAGUUUGGUUUGUGGUGAUUCUUGUGCCUCAGCUGGCUGAGGAUGGAAGUAAUCAAAAGAUAAAAUCCUGUAUUGCCAGUGAAAUAUUCCAGAGACAGUGUUGAGGAGAGCAUCGUUAGCAAAUUUUGUUGUGCCCCUAGCUUUCAGCUCAACUGCCAACAUGUACUAUUGAGAAUAAAAGAAUUGCUUAGUUAGUCAUUUAGACUGAAUAAGAGUACUGUUUCCUUGUGCUCCCCAAAGUGACCCUUACAUACUCCAUGUGGACAAGCUGAGGGCUUUCUUCCAAACAGAUUGGUACAUGGGGGGAUUUGGUUCUCACUGUGGGUUGCGGGAAAUGUUAACCAACAUUUGAUCUCGCUACCUGCUGUAUAAUGAAUUAUAGAGAACUUGUACUAUCAGCAUUUUCCCACUUAGGUUGAAACAUUAGACAAAAGAUUAUAUGGCAUGCCAACUGCCUAACAUUAACCUGCAGAAAAGGCAAAACUUCUUAAUGGUUGAGAAUGCCAUAUGUAAUGUGAUUUGAAAACUAUUAGUAAAUGAAUCAAAACAAUUGAGCACAAAAAUACUUGUGCACUAAACUUUUCCUGAAAAUUGGUCUAUCUAAAGCAAAUUGAUCUAGAGUUGGUGUUUGUAAUGAUGAUAGAACUGCCAGCAUUGACCAUCAUGACAGGCAACAACUUCUGGUAUCUGUACAUGCUCAGCUAAAUACAAAUAGCCAGAAGUUGCUGUCAAUCAUAUCCUGCACCUUGAAUUUGUACACGGUUGCAGUCUUUGCAGAUGCAGUCAAAGCAAUCAGUGAUUUGGCGUGAGCAUGAACUUCUUAUGCACUAUUCUUGCUGGAAAAAUAAUGAAAAUGUUAACAAUAUGAUUUUAACAACAUGCAAAAUCAUAAUUAGUGCUGAACAAUAUCUCUAGCCCUGAUAAUCUAAUUUCAUAUGUGUGGAGUGUAAUUCUCUGCAUUUCUUGAUUAAAAAUUCUAUAGGUAUUUAAUGUUUAAAAAAUUUAUUUCUCCAGCUUCUACCUUAAUCGUAUGUCCAAUCUUUUGUUUGCUCUUCCUGCAAUGAUUAGAAUGCAAAUAACAAGCCUUGCAUUUUACUUCUGCUUUACUGUCUGUACGAAUUUGUCAAGUUAGUCAACUGGUCAGUCAGCUUGAUGUCUUCACUCUCCCCUGACACUCUAGAUAGCACAUUUCCAUCUGUUUAAGAAACCAGCGCUAUAGAGUGCAGUAUUUCUUUGUGGAUGCUUUACUUGAUGUCAGUGGUGAGCUCCGUCCCUUCACUACUGGCUGCAAAAUCUGGGCCAUGGCAUUGCAUUGCAAAAUUGGAAUGAUGCCAGCAAUGAACUGAUGCACCAUGCAGCUGCUUUUCUACUAUAAUGUAUGAUGCCAGUAAUGCACUGGUAUCUGUAGACUAGAAAAGCAGCUGCCUAAUUGGCUUGCUGAUGCCUAAGAAUUCAUAGAACAGGAAAGGUCACUCAGCCUGUAAACCUUGUUCUAUCUUUGGCUAUGUAUAACACACAAACAGUAGUAUACUGUGAUCCAUUUCUAGAACUGUAGUCCCACCUGUCACUGACUUGCUCAAAUCUUAAUCUUCCAUUCUGCAACAAAAAAUCUAUUAUACCUACCUCUGGAUUUAGCAGAUGGAUAUUUACUAUGCUGUAUAUUUAUUUAUCCCAGAUACUGAUACAGUACAAAAGAUUAUCUUUUGAACACUGGCUGAAUGCUCACUUUGAAAGAAUGCUCCCUUUUACCUGCAUCCCUAAUUCUGUUAAAAUUUCUACUUUUAUUACAUAGAUUACAUUGUUUGGCUCAGUUGCACCGUACAUUUUUGUUUCAACUGGAUAUGAGAAUUUCUCAUAUUCUGCCAGAUAUUGUUUAAUGGAAGUGGUGGGAAUCCAAAUCUGGGAGUUAUUCCGACACUAUUUUGGGUUCAUGCCCACUGUAGCGUGACUGACUCUCUCAAAGGCAACUUUUUAAAACCAUUACCUUUAAAUAUUUUAGUGUUGUCAAAGAGUAGGAUGCUUUGUUAAAUGUUUGUUAAAAUUAAAAAAAAAACAGAAUUUGGAUCUUAAGUAGUAAUGCAGUGUACAUAUGUAGGACUUCACUUUGCCUGACCAAGGAUACUGAUGUAUAGGUGAGAGGAUGAAUCCACAGUAUUGAAAUGACACCUCUCUUAGCAAAAGGAACAGCAAAGCCAUAAUCACAAUACUAUAAAAUUAUACAGCAGGAAAGGAGGCUCUUACCCUGUAGACCUGUGAUGUUUUCCUAAUCAAAUUCUGUUUUGUGAAGUUACUAUCGAGUCUGUUGUGCCAUCCUUUCAGGCAGUGCACUGCAUUUCAGAACAAGUUAUUGCAUUAAAAGAAUUUGUCAUCUCCAUUAAAUAUCAGAAUUGCUUAAAUGAAAAUAUUUUCAAAACAAGUCCUUUUCCUGAUUUUUUUUUUGAUACCUCCAUUUAUGAAUUAUACAUUGGCCAAACAACUACAAAGGAUGGAAAAAUCCAGCCACAAAUUAUGUCCUACAGAUAGAGUUUCUACAAUAUUUUAUGAUAGUUUAAAAACAUUGCACAGAAAUAUGGCCCUGCCCUCAAACCAGAUUAAAUUAAUCACUGUUGAUUAUGCCUUUUUUGCAGUCUUUUAAGGAGGUUCUUAAAGUUUAGGGUUUUUUUAAGGUCAAGGACAGUAGUGGACACUUCUGAAUAACUUUUACAUUGUUUAUUGGUUUGCUACAAAACUACCAACUUUGCGCUAAGUAAUCUUGUACAUGAUUUGCUGUAUCUUAAGCAGUCAUUUUCAGUGAUGGGAAGGGAUCACGAAAUCUAGGGGCCCAGGCUAAUAUUCUGGGGAUGUGGGUUCAAAUCCCCACCAUUGCAGAUGGUGAAAUUUGAAUUCAAUAUCUGGAAAUAAAAGCUAGUCUAAAAAUCACCAUGUAACCAUUGUUCUAAAAGCUCAGUUGGUUCAUGAAUCUUUUCUUUAGAGUAGAAAAUCUGCUGUCCUUCCCUAGUCUAGCCUACAUCUGACUUCCAACUCACAAAAACAUGGUUGACUCUUUACUGCCCUCUGAAAUAUCAGAGCAAGUUCAAGGGCAAUUAGGGAUGGGCAAUAAAUGCUCCAUCUUGCCAGUAACAUACAUAUCCCAUUUCAAAAUAAAAGUUGUUAUUUAAAAUCAGGUUACUCACAGUGAGUAAGUAGACAUUCUUGUUAAAAUAUUUUGGCUGUUUUGAUGAAACUGCACCUUAAAUAUAUCAAGGAAUACAUAAAUCCAAAAAAAAUGCAUUCUAAAAUUUGUCCUAUUGCAAUGAUUCCUGGCAGAUUUUGUUUUCAGUUGUAUGCAAACUCAAACAUUUGAGACAGGAAACAUGAAAACCAAUGCAAUUUGUUGUACAUGGAUUACAAAGUUGAUUUAUUUUGUUAAACAGUUUUAAUACUCUGUUAAUGAUCUUAACCGUUGCAGGAGGACAUGUUGGUACCUAAGAAUUUUUGAACAGGAAGGUAGCAAAGAAAGCAAUUGUCCAUCUAGCAACUGAAAUGUAAUUACAGUUUCCGCUUUAAAUCAUUUGUUUUAUGAACCCCCUUUCACACUGUGGAAAUAGCUCCAGUAGUGUCUGACUGGGUGUAAUCAGUAAAUCAAACCAAAUAUCUGAAUUUCCUGAAGAAAUCAAUUAUAUAAUUUCUAGGACCACUUCAUGUUAGUUUUGAGGUACUUGGUAAAAUUACAUCAUAAAAUAUAUAAACUCAUUUGCAAGGGUAAAGUUGUGUGUUUUUGAACAGGUGAAACAAGAUAUGACUUUGAAGUUGCAACUAAUCUCUUUUGAACCAGUUAUUGUAGAAUAUAAAAUGAGAGGUGGAUGUUUACAUUGAAAGUUCAUGAAUCCAAAGUUUAGUCAAAUGCAUUCCAGCAGUCCUAAUCAAAAUCCUUGGAUGACACUUGACAUCUCUGAAACCUCUUCCUCCUCAACAUGUCCCAUGAUUAUAAUAGUACUUUUUUUGAGUAGUACAUCCUGCUAUUUGUGAGCGACUUUUCUUUUACCCUCCAUGCUGAACCUAUUUCAUUUUCUCAUGCCUGGAGCAAAUGGCCAGUAUGAGAAGCACUAAGUGGGUGUUGUUUAAAAAGUAGUGUGGGUUGUUUUGUUGUAAAUAUGUUUAUUCUUCAUAGAUCAGAAACCUUGUUAAUACUACCAUAGUAUAGACAUUGUAAUUAUUAGAAACUUCCUUAUUUAUUUAUUUAUUCCAGACGAGUAUGCACUUGUCUUCAAAUGAAGACUUUGGAAGCAAUAAAAUGCUUUGCAUUUAUUUGGAAAUUAAAUGCAGUUCUCAGAACUAACAUUUUGUUUAAUCAUUAAAUAUGUUGAUAUGAUUCUUAAACAAUAAAAUCUGCUCUGUAUUUGUCAUUAGAAAAUGAGAUGAAUUUAAAAAUAAAUAAUUUAUGGCAUUAGUUUCUUUGCAGACUGCGAAUAGGGCAAUACAAAUCAUCAUGAGCAAAAGCAUUUUGUAUGAAGUUGAAUAGUUAAGCGAAUGUUCCUUUUGAGACUUUUCCCUAGACAUAACUACUAACAGGGUCAUCACACAGACCUUGGGUGUGUUCAAACUUUCAUGAAGGUAAGAUGUUCUCUCUCCCUCCAGUAACUACUCCUAACUUCAGCUUUUAAUAUUUGAAGAGUUUUUUUUUUAUACAAAGCCAGUGAAGGCAGUGGACCAAAUAAUAGCAAUAUCAGAAAAUGGGUAUAUUUUGUAACAUGAUGUCCAAUUUGACUUAGUGAAUAACUUCUUUACAGUUGGAAAACUGUAUUUUGAUCUUUCUAAUGUCCUCUCUACACUUUAAGGAAGCCGCCAAUCCAAAUUACUAUUAAAAUUUGCAAAUAUUAAUUCUGCUGUUCAUCUUCAGUGGAGCCAGAUCAGAUUUCUGAAAAUGGGUUGUAGGCUAAAUAGAACUUAAGGCAGAUCAGAGCUUCCGCCAUUUAAUAAAAUUAUAAUGGUUCCUUAAGUAUGUUUGGAACCGUGAACAUUCCGUGAAGUGACAAGUCACAUCCAGAUUGGGUCACUGUACAUGUUAGAAAUUGUGUGUUUGGCUUUCACAUGUGAGAUUUAAUAUUUUUUAAUUAAUGCAGUAAUGAUUCCAAAAGUAUGAACAUUUUCAUAACUUAUUUGAUAAAAUAUAGUUAUUUGCAUUUUAAAUAGACAAAUGAUGAACAAAAUUGCCUGCAUUUAUUAUGUGGUUCAUGGUGCUAGGGAUGAUUUUAAGCAAUAAAAUGUCACAUUUUAACCAAAAAGGGGGCUGCUGUCCGUGGUCCUUGUGCAGCCUAAAAGCACAUAGAUACAUAUAUAUAUAAAUACAUACACAUACAUACACUUCUGCUGGAAGUAUAAAUUGAAUUAGAUCCCUGAAAAAUUCAGAUCAGUUCUACCUCGUGCAUAAUUUCACAAACUAUUAUAAAAAUUGAUCAGCAGUGUACAAAAAUAUGAAAUAAAAAUAAAGUGCUGGAAAUACUCAGGAAGUCUGGCAGCAUCUGUGAAGAGAGAAAAAAAUUGAGUUAACAUUUGUGAUUAAUGGCCUUUCAUCAUCAAUCUAAGAUGUUAAUUCUUGUUUCUCUCUUCCAGACCUCCCAAGUAUUUACAACAAUUUCUGUCUUUGUUUAUAUGUAAACCUAUGGAAAUUGCUUGAGUAACUUAUUUGUUGAGGGUACUAUCAAUUAAAAGAAAUCCAUGAUAGUUCAGAAUUUGUGGAAGUUCAGAAGAGUGAGACACUGCUUAACGUUGACCAAGGAGUAGAAUAACCAAGGGCCAGAUCAUGUACUAUUCAGAGAUCCCAAAAAAAUGGGAUCAUUAUUCUCAGUUAUGAUGUUGCAUGCUAGUGUGGAAUGCCUGUACACAAUCCAUGUGAUCAAAUAUCUAAGGGAAAAAUACUCAAAGUGGGUCAAGAGAUUAGGUGAAAGAAUUGUGGUGUUGUCUGUCCUACAUACAUGUAGUAAUUUAAUGUCUUAAAAUAAUUUGCCAAAUAGUUGGGAAUAAGUUCUAUUGGCAAAGUACCAUUAUUAUCACUUUUAGAGUUGAUUUUAUUAAAAACUGAAAGCUGCAAGUUCUGCCCAAUAAAUACACAUAGUUUUGGCCUGUUUUGUGAGUGGCACUGUUUGUUUUCAGUUUGUGGCUGCAUUGUUACACUAGUGCCAAGUAACUCAUAGCGGUAAAUAUUCCAAUUUGGACAGGGUAGAUGGAAGUUGGCAUUAUGCAGCCCAUCUGCUUGAAUCUCAAAUUAAAGAAAUUUGAGCUUCUAGCAAAUGGCUUCCUAAUUGGUGGAUAAUGCUUAGAAAGAAUGACAAGCAAAUUGAAUGGAAAUUGAAAGCAAUAAUUUCAAUACUGCUGAGUUGUUAGCUAGUUAUUAACUUACAGGAUGAAUGGCAAAAUUGAAAUUUAUUCUAUAUUUAUGAAUAAGAUUGAUUUAAAGAAAAAUAGUUUGCAUUGAGGAGUACUUUAUUUAUUUGCAACCUAUAACUAAAUGUCAAAUUUUCAGGAAAAUCAUGUAAAAUAUUAGGAAAAUUUUAUAAUUGCAUCAAUGCUGUACCUCUGAGGAGGUCUCCCAGUUCCGGACUCAGACUACUAUCAACCAUUGUUUCAAUUAAUGAUUGACUAUCUACCAUUGACUGGUAUGAGCACCUUUUUGGAUUUUUUUUAGAGAACUGCAAAUCAUUCAGUGUUUAAAGUACUUUGAAGCUACUCAAGGAUACCAUGAAACUAAUUGAAACUAAUCUUCCCUAACAGCUUAUGAAGCUUUAAAAGCAAAAUAAUGCUUUUAGAUGUGGGUAAACUAUGCAGAGAAGGUGUAUCACAUUGAAAUUUGUUUGUUUUUGUAUUUUUCUGCUUGCUAGUUGCCAUUGAAUCUGUUGCACCCAAACAACUGUUGCUACUGUUGACUGAUAUGAAGUCCCACCAUUGCAGCAGCCCACUGAUAAUCGUGGUUGCUAUGUAUGGGUGCUUCUGUCAUCAAUCAAGAUUACUUCGGACAGUCUAGGAAAUUGCAAAGAUAUUCCUCUUUUAUUCUAUUUAGUGAUACAGGAUGGAUGCAGAUAGAAACUGCUGUGGCAAUAAAUUAUUCUUGAGUUUGAUCCUAAUGAUUUCUGAUAGCAUAGAAAAAUCAAAUUUCCCAAAGCUUGAUGCAUACCAAAAAUCAGUCCCAAAAAUGAUUUUUUCCCAUCAUUGUAUCCUAAUGAUGAAAAGUGUAAACUUUAAAAAUAGAUUUUUUUAAAAUCAGAUUUUUCAUUAAACCACCAGAUUCCACAUAGCAUUCAGAAGCACUGCAUUUGAGAGAAAUGUGGCAUUUUAUAUUAAAUGUUCAAAUCUGAAAUGCUUUGCUAGGCAGACAGUAUUCUACCAGAUAUUAUUCCUGAGUGCAUUUGUGACAGAAAACUGCAUGAGUAAUGUAAUGUGUACUAACAAACCAAUUUCAUAUUUCGUGAGUGACAGUUUUAUAUGCAUGUGAUUCUUUUUUCACUCUACAAAUGGGGAUGAUUCAACCUGAAAAGGGUAUUCAUACUAUUUAUAAAGUGAGUUUUAAUCGAUUGUUUGAUAUACUCUGUGUGCAAGGAGUUUGAAUUCCACCUGUGUUUUAUAUGGAGAAAUCCCUUGCAUUUUGCAUAUUCUGUGUCAGAAUACACUCAACAGUUAUCUCAAAGACUAUAAAUUUCAACCUUUGAUGUCAUAUGUCCAUCAACUACAAACUUGAGUUUGCAGAUCAUGAGUUUUCUAAAUAGAAAAGGUGAAAAGUAGCAAUUCUUUUGUUAUAAAUCUUUCUGUAUGUAGAAAGUUAAUGAUUUUGGAUCUAAUAACUGAAAUGCAUAUUGUGCCCCAUUUUAAUUUCAGUUGUACAUGUGAAAUACUCUGGAUCAUGUAUAAUGAUUUGGAGUGAACACCAUUUUAUAAUUCCUGAAUAUUGUACAGAUGAACUGGUACAAACGUCAUCAAGUUGAAGAUCAGCUGAAUAAUAUAACUCAAUUUUGAGCAUUUGUUCACAGUGCACCUUACUUUCAUUUCACAGACUUCUAGUCAUGUGAACUGUAGGGUACCUUCUGAGCUGAAACUGUCCCUUGCAAAUCUUUUGACUGAUAGCCUCCAAUUAUAGGAGGCCUUGUUCUUCUGAAGAAGAUCUUCUGCUCUCAGGAGGAGUUUGAUGCUCCAAUCCCUUGUACUAACACAGUGUGAUGAUUUUAAGGAGCUGAUUUAUCAACUACUGGGACAUGGCCAAGUUGUAAAAAUGGUGCACAUUAGGAAAAAAUCUUUUAGAUUAAUAUAAAAUCAACAUGUUGGUGCUAAAACAUUUUGGUUAUUAGUGCGCAGCUGUUUCCUGGCAAUUGCCAGACUUGCUCUUAUCUACCUUAUAACUAUGUGCUGUUGGUCACUAAGAUUAUCAUGAUAGCUAUUCAAUUAUUAAUAGCAUUCUUCUGACAAAAUAAUAUAUAUGAUUUCUACAUUUGGAAAUAUUUUUAAUAGUAUCUUUAAAAUUCAAUGUUGAACUCUGGUUUAAAUGGGUUCUUUACAUCAUUGUAUGGCAGGUUUUUAAUAAUUGCUAAGAAGGGCUUAGCACAUAUAUUGUUGUGAACAGGGUGUGUUUUUUUAAAAAAUCCCAAGCAGUUUAGAAAUCUUCAAUUUUCAAAUUGUAUUCCUAGUCUCAAGUAGGUAUUGGUUUGACCACUCUUAUGACUGGUAAGCCUGGGUAAAGUGUUUGCAUGCAAGUGUUUUCAGGUCUGCUCACUUUUCUUUAGCAGACUGUCUGAUAAAAGCACAAAUUAAAAUAUAAAGGAUUCUGUUUACAAUGACAUAUGUAUUGAAGUAUGUAAUUCUUUGCUUUUUUUAUAUUUUUAUAUCAUUUAUGAAAUAUGAAUUAAAUUGAUAAAUCUGAAUAAUUUCUCAGUGACUAGCAGAGUAUCUGAUAUUGCUGACUUUUAUUUUGUAUCAAAUCAUGGCUGCAUGGGGAAUUGGUGAUGCCACAUGGUAAUGGAGGCAAUUAGCUAACUGAGAGAAGUCAGCUGGCUUGGCCAAACAAAUCUAUCAUAUUGUUGAGAAAGCUGCCUUUUUAUUUCUGUAGCACAACGUGUGCAUAGUAGACAAGACCAUCUUCAGUUAAUGAUCCAUUUAUAUAUUUUCGGUAUGCAAGUAUUCAGGAAAUAAAAUGUUGGACAUAUUCUAAGUUAAAACCAAUGUCUAACAUGUUGUUUCUUGUGUAAUGGAAAGAUGUUUUAAAAAGAUCUAAAAUAAUGAGCAAGUACAGCAGGUAGCACUUUAUACAUCUCCAUGAUUAAUAAAAUGUUGUCAUAAAAAGAGAAACAUCCUUGACAUUGCUGCGAUUUUUAUGCUAGUUUUUGAAUGUGAUCAAACUUCAGUCCACUAUUCACAUUGGGAUUUACCAGCAGACAAGUGGGGGAGCAUACACAUAAAUACAUACUAAACAUAAUUACAAAAAAAACUUGUGUUAGUGUGUUUGACCUUAUUUGUAAUUCUGUAUUAAAGUAAGUCUUUACCUCGUCAAUUGACUUUCUGAAAAUGAUGCUUGCUGGCUUGAAAACUUUAAUAUACUGCGUUAAAUUCAAUUGAUAGUAUUGUUUGUUACAUUUCUGGAACUGCAGGCUCUGUACAGUAUAUUCUGUCAUGCUGUGUCUUUUUGUUUGCAUUUUGUGAACCUUGUUGUAAUUCACAAUCUAAUAAAAUACUGCUGAUUUUA